AUGUUUCUGAUAUCGUGUUCAUUUUUGUUUGUUAGGUUGAAGCGCAAGGGCGCUGGUGUUGGAACUAAGCAAUCUAAGAGAGCUUUGAAGGAUCCUAAUAAGCCUAAUAAACCUUUGAGUUCUCUCCAUUUGAGUUUAUUUGUUUUUUGUUUUUCCGAUCUAAUGUUUCCGAUCUCGUGUUCAUUUUUGUUUGUUAGGUUGAAGUGCAAGGGCACUGGUGUUGGAACUAAGAAAUCGAAGAGAGUCACAAAGGAUCCUAACAAGCCUAAGAAACCUCUAAGUGCUUUCUUCAUUUUCAUGUCUGAACUCAGAGAUACUUUCAAGAAGGAGAAUCCCAACAACAAGCAUGUCGCUGUGGCUGGUAAGGCUGGAGAAAAAGAGUGGAAAGCAUUGUCUCAUGCUAUCGAAGAGAAGGCUCCUUAUGUUGCUACUGCAGAGAAGAAGAAGGAGUAUGAGAAAGCUAUACGUGCCUAUAACAUGCUGAAGGAAAAGUUGCAUCUGAGGAAGAGGGAUCUGACAAGUCCAAGUUGA